AUGGCGGACAACACAUCCACCCCCGCCGACCCGAUGGCCGCAGCCUCAAAUGCCAUGAUGGCCUCAAUUCAGGACUACAUUCGCACCGCCGUCACCACAGAGGUUGCAAAUCUCCCAAACGCAACCCAGCCCGCCCAACUUGCGGCCCUUCAGAGCCGUCUCGAGACUGCCAACCAGGAGAACUCUGAAUUGAAGGAGAAGAUCAAGCAGAUUGAGAGAAAGAAGUCCACUCGCCACAGCGAGCGAGACACCGUCAAAGCGGCCUUCUCCUCUUAUCUGGGCUUUCCUCUUCCAGACUCCAAGCUUUCCCGCCAUUCCCACAGCAAGAGUAGCAAGUUCCCCCAAUUCCAGAAGUUCCCCGUCGAAAUUCGCAUGAAGAUCUGGAAGCUUGCUCUCCCUGCCGGACGCAUUUUUGAUCUCUCUAACGUCGAUGCCCACUUCUCUCGUGUUCUCCGAGCCCCGAUUGCCGCCAACAACGGCGCGCCUAACCCGGCUUUGGUCUUGCGCCAGGCCUCCGGGCUCACUGAAAUGAGUGUGACUGCCCACAAGACGCCCAAGCUCCGACUCGCUUGCAAAGAGGCCAACAAGGCAUUCCUUGAGGCAGGUGGCUUCGAAUUUGGCUUGUUCGGUGGCCCAUACAAAGGACUUUGGUACAACUAUUCAGAGGACAUCGUCUUUGUCCGCGAAGAGCCGCGUACCUGGGCCAACCUCGAUAUGUCACGCAUCGUCCGUGUCGCCUUCCCGCAUAAUAGAUUUAUGUGCAAGGCCGAUGCCACCGCCAAGAUGGACACCAUCCUCGAUCACUUCACCUCCUGCAAGGAGGUCAUUCUCAUGCAGACCAUGGAGUGGGAUAUCCGCUCCUGCCUUGCAAGCCCUCGACUGCCUGCCAAGCUUUUCCCGCUACAGGAAGCCGAUCCUAUUAGCACCCAUGACUACCCGAAGGAACUUUCUGACGACGUCGGUAGCGUCGCAACCUGGGGCGAUGUCAAGCGCAUUGUUACCCAGAUAUGGGAGGACCACGUCGUCAACGUGAAGCAUCUCAGCCCUGUCCGUGUUCCCAAGUUCUCCGGGAUCGAGGUCCUUAAAGCUCGCCCGAGCUACUUUGACUAG